UGUGGAUUCUCAUCAUCACUCAUCAGCAGCAGCAGCAGCUGUUUGUGUGUUUUGUUUGUUUAUUGUUUUUAUUUCUUCUCGGUUCUCAAUGCGGAUUCUCUCCGCUUCCCGAGAAGCGCUUCUGUGCUUCUUGGUGUCGUUGCUUUUUUCUGCGAGUUUCUGCCAUGGCAGCAGUGAUGACAAGACAACAACUACAUCGUUGUUUGAAGUAGUUGGAACUGGAGAAUGUGCAGAUUGUUCUGAGAAUAAUUUUAAAACAAGUCAGGCUGUUUCAGGACUUCGUGUAACUAUAGAUUGUAAGCCAGAGAAUGGAGUGUUUAAAACAAGAGGAUCCGGCGAGCUUGAUGCAGAAGGGAAGUUCACGGUGUCUCUUCCUCAAGAGAUUGUUGAAGAUGGAAAACUUAAAGAAGAAUGCUAUGCACAACUUCACAGUGCAUCAGCCGCUCCUUGCCCGGCCCAUGACGGCCUAGAAUCCUCCAAGAUUGUGUUAAAAACAAAAACUAAUGGAAAGCAUACGUUUGGAUUGGCCGGAAAAACUCAAGUUUUCUCCAGUUACUUGUACCUCAGCCUUCUUGUGCCUCAUUAUAAGUACCCACCACUGCCUAAAUAUUCACACCCCAAGUUUAAUUUGCCGCCUUUGAAGAGCUUUGGCCACCACCCUUUCUCUUUCCCUCCUAAAGUCUUCCCUCCCAAGCCACCACUACCGUCGCUUCCACCAAAACCACCGCUAUCAAGAAGCCGUUUUCCCCAAAAUGCUUCCACCACCAGUUCCAUAAAGCCACUUCCACCACCUGUGCCAGUAGUUAGCCACUUCCACACCUGUGCCAGUAGUUAGCCACUUCCACCUCCGUUGCCGGUUAAGAAGUUCCCUCCAAGCCAAAACCUUCCACCACCAGUUCCAUAUAAGCCACUUCCACCACCUGUCCAGUAGUUAAGCCACUUCCACCUCCGUUGCCGGUUAAGAAGUUCCCUCCAAAGCCAAAAGUCCUUCCACCGAAGCCACCAGUGUCAAGAAGCCAUUUCCUCCAAAACCAAAGAUCUUCCCUCCAAAGCCCCCGCUCUUCAAGCCUCCUCAAUCCCUAAAGUGCUUCCUCCACCAGUUCCCAUUUACAAACCAAAACCAAAACCGCCAUAUUUGUUAAGCCACUCCCUCCUCCCCUCCCAAAGUGCUUCCCCCACCAGUUCCUAUAUACAAACCAAAACCAAAACCGCCAAUAUUUGUUAAGCCACUCCCUCCUCCCUCCCAAAAGUGCUUCCCCCACCAAUUCCUAUUUACAAACCGAAACCAAAACCACCGAUUUUCGUUAAGCCACUCCCUCCACUCCACAAGAAGCCUUGCCCGCCAUUGUCUAGCUUCCUCCUUUGCCCAAGAUCCCCCAAAGUAUUUCCACCACCCCAAGUUGGGAAAUGGCCACCCCUCCCACCGUUUUCUCCUCAUCUAAUUAGACCAUUAUGGCAAUACUAUUGUUAUUCAAUUCCCAGGUGUAAGUAGAAUGAAGAUUGCUUCUAUUAUUGAUAUCUAUGCUUAGCGUGAAGUUUAUGCUGUGCAAUAGGUCUUCGAGAUAGAGAGGACGACCCCAAAAAAGAAAAAAAAGUGUGGAUAGGUUUACAUUUUUUAUGAGUGAAGUUUGUUGUAUGUUGACUGAAACCUUUGUAAUAUUUAUCAUCUGAAUCAGUUUUCACUUUCA